ACACUAGAAGUACAUUGACUACUUUAAUUGUGUGAGCUUUCAAAAAAUGUGUACUAAAUGUGGUGUGUGUGUGAUUUUGAAUGAAACUGUCAUUGGUGUUCUCUAAAAUUUUGACUACGCCCGAUUCCUCACUGCUGUGAGGAGCCGCUGGCCGGAGGUAAAUAUUUAUUUCAUGUCUUGAUUGUCCUGUAUUCUUAGUAGUUAAACAACACUAGUAGUACAUUGACUACUUUAAUAAGAUUAAUUUGAAUGAGUUUUCAAAAAAUGUGUACUAAAUAUGGUGUGUGUGUGAUUUUGAAUGAAACUGUCAGUUGGUGUGUUCUAAAAUUUUGUUUCCUACAGGUCUUUGUGGUGGACUUCCCCCCCCCGCCUGAACGAGGAUGAGGAGCACCAGAGGGCCCUUCGCCACACGUACCAUCGCGUGACAGCUCGUAUGGGUUUGAGGUACUUCUCUGCGGAGGAGUACUUCCCCCGUACGCGCUUGGAUCUGUGGAGCAGAGACGGCGUUCACCUGAGCGACCGUGAGGGUAUGGGGAUCCUCACCCAGCUGCUGUGGGCCUCCACGGAGCAGUUCCUCGAGACACCACCACCACCUCCCCCUCCCCCGGUGUCUCCUACUCCUUCACAGCCGCUUAGGAAGGUUUCUCCUAAGCUGGUUGUGAAGGGAGAGCCGCAGGUUCCUGGUCCGGCCAGCGUGGCUCAGCAGCAGGAGAAGGAGUCCUUCCUUCCACUGAACCCGCGGUGGUUCAGUAGCACGACCCUUUGUGCUAUGGAGGAAGUGUCUCCUUCUCAGCUGUCUGACAUGGUGGACGUCCCAUCUCUUCCAGCGUGCAAGAAGGUGGCCUCCCCAGCGGCAGCCAGGCGUCAUAUGACCACGGAGAGACGCCCCCCCCUCUACCAGUCUCCUGUGAACAACCAGGUUGGAUCUCCUCCAGCCAGGCUGUCACGGAGACUGGAGGACGACGGCCCCUCCAGCCCGGUUCCUCGGUCCAAGACCACGGAUGGAACACCGCCCCCCCCCGCACCCAAACUUCAGUGACCAACCAGCUGGUUGGAUCCCCUCCAGUCAGGUUGUCCUGUAGUUUGGGUGAUCCGGCGACCCCCUGCUGUUCACCGGUUGCGAAGGUGGCCAGGAUGAAGACCCCUUCACCGGCUGGACCAUCCCAGACCAUUAAAGCUGCCUGUCACUCUCCUCGCCCAGUUAAGACCAUCGGGACACCAGUUCCCUCAUCGUCCUGCUGGCCCUGGAUUAUCGAUGACGAACUUGCCACCUCUCAUUCCCCUUCUAAAGAGGUAAUGAUAUUUACAUUUGGGUUUAUUGUGGGCUUAAUAAAGUGUUAGAGGUAAAGUGUGGUUUACUUUGAACUGAAAUGCAAAAGGAAGGGAAGGAAGGAAAUGAAGGAGGGAAUUGAUUACUAUUAAUGUUUUCAUGUGUAAAUCGUGUGACACACGUACAAGGGAUGUAUCAGAGUUAAAGGUCCUUUAAAGCCUCCUUCAAACUUUGGUCAAGAUGACAAUGGGUGACAAAGGUUUAUGAUGGUCUCAAAACAUUUAAAUUUGAAAUAUGGAAUAAUCUGUGUUAGUAAUGUGUACAAGUCAAGUAUGAUAAUACUUAAGGUCGUUUAUAAGCAUAAUAAUCAUUUGUGUAUAUGUAAGAUUAUCUAUUUGGUAAAUUGAUCAGGAAAAUUUGGUGGAAAUGAUAUUGUAUAAUCAGAUAGUUAGUUUAAAGCUGCAGUAGGUAAAAUGUUUUUAGUCACAUUUGCUUAAACUGUCACCCUGCUAUGACUGUAGUAUAUGUAAAAGUUAAUUACUACCACUAAUAAUGUUAACUAGGCUUAUGAUUAUGCUAAUAAGCAAUCAUUUAUGAUAAUGAUAAUUUAUCUUAUUUCAGGUGCCGCUUAGUGCUAGUAUUGGGGCUAGUCAUAGUCAGAGUGACAUGAGGUACAGGAAGUUCUCCAGGAACCACCAGUGUACCUGCAUGUCCCUGACUUUUCUGGCUUAUCUGAACGAGGGCUGUGAGUUUAACCCUCAUGUUGUGUUUGUGUCAUGUUAAACAAUUUUGUGUUCCCGACCGUUCCAUUUAAACUCAUCAUAAAAACUGUAAAAAUACAUAAUUAUCACUA